GGGCCGGGCCGGGCUGGGGGCGGAGCGGAGCGCCGGGAGGGGGUGAGGGCGGAGUGGGGAGCACGUCAUGUCCAAGCACGUGUUUCUCACGGGACCCCCAGGGGUUGGAAAAACUACUUUGAUCCAGAAAGUCACUCAAGCUCUAAAAUCCUCAGGUGUUCCCAUUGAUGGAUUUUACACACAGGAAGUUAGAGAAGGUGGCAGGAGAACAGGAUUUGAUGUUGUCACUCUGUCUGGAAACCGAGGACCUUUAUCUAGAGUCAGUCCCAGUUCUGAUUCUUCUGCUUCAAGACGUGAAUAUCGGGUUGGACAAUAUGUUGUAGAUCUUGUUUCAUUUGAGCAAUUGGUUCUACCUAUGCUGAGAAAUGUAAACCAUGGUGGUGACACAGAGAAAAGAAUUUGUGUCAUAGAUGAGAUUGGUAAAAUGGAACUCUUCAGCCAGGCUUUUAUUCAAGCUGUUCGUCAAACACUGGCUGGCUCGGGGACUGUGGUGCUUGGAACUAUUCCAAUACCUAAGGGAAAGCCACUGGAUCUUGUUGAAGAAAUAAGAAGUAGGAAAGAUGUUAAAGUGUUCAAUGUUAGUAAGGAAAACAGAAACAGCAUUUUGCAAGACAUCUUGGCAGCUGUGGAAUCCUGCAGAAAAUGAAGACCUUUUCUGUCCUUAAACACUAAAGCUUUCAUUUCAGCAAAGCAUUACAACAUUUUGUGGAUGGUUUAGAGUCUGUCCUUCCUAGUUUUGCCGCCUUGAGGCUUUACUGGAGCCUUCAGGGUAAGCAGAGUAAAGCUGGUGAUACUCUAAAAUGGGAUGGCAGGAUUGUAAUUUAUUCAGUUCACUGAAUUGAAAAAAAUUGAACAGAUGUGUAGCUAAUAUCCAGUUCUAAUCUGGGUGUUUGGAAGUUAGGUGGUCAACUCUGAUCCAAGUUACAUGUGAGAACAACUAACUGUAAAAUCUGUUUGAGAUCUUAGUCUUUCUGAGUGUGUUCAGAUCAAUUCAGUAUCUGCCUACAGAUCAAUUCAAUAUCUGCAACAUAGCCCUGUGCAAAAGAACAGAACCCUGUCCAAAAUGUAGAUGAAUCCUGCCUGGUUUAUGUAGGAGUGUAGCUGUUGGUGACCCAGCUUAGGUGUAUUCAAGGGUGUUAGAGCAUGAGUGCUGACAAAUCAGCAGGUAGAGGCAAUAAGCCGAUACGCUCUCUCCUCCUACCCCUAGGCACCCCUGUCUGCAGUUGCAGUAUAAGAAAGGUUAUCCAGAAUUUCAAGGAAACUUCCUGUAGUCACAAGUGACAUUUACAGGAUGCCAUUUUGGCAGGAAAAAUAGCCAAAUCUACCCUCUCUUACAUGGCACAGACACUAAUUGAUAAGAGGACUGCAUUUUGAAUUAAUUUUCAAUUUUCUGGUGGCAAUCCUGUUCCAUGUCCCCUUACAAAUUAUAUAUAAAUCUUCAAGUCCAUGAAGUUAAUCAAAUCUUGUGUUUUUCAUGCUGAGUUUGUUAAUCAGGAUUGACUUAAUACUGCAUUUGUCUAUAUUCAUUUUACAGUCUUUUAUGUUUAUUGAUACUUAUGUUUGUUUGGGGUAUUUUGCCUCAUUCCAUUCUGUACAUGCUUAAUGGUGAAAUAAAAAGUGUUUGAGAGUA